AUGUCAGAAAUUCAGGCGAUUGUCGAACGUGUUAUAAACGACACACUUCCCGACAUAGAUAUGCUUUUUGGUAAGAAGCUGCGUCUUAACAUGUCUGAAACAGACGUGAACGAGCGCGUGCUGCAGUACUUCAUGCUUUGCAACGAACUGAUCGAAGAACACGGUCUAGUGACCUGUUUUGAAGGUCAGCACGGUCAAAAAGAGAAGUGUAAACUGCUUAUUGAGUCACUGACGCCCAGUGAGCUCAAAGCAGAUGUGCAAACUGCUAUUCGUUUCCAAUCGACGGAGGCGCGUAGUGACGAGUUAAAACUCCAUGACCUGAUCUUGGAAAAGGCGUUGGAGCAGGAUCGCGACUUUCGCCUGACCAGAAUGGCCGUCGCCAGCGUGGCACACAUGAAUCUAAGGGUGGGGAUGUCAAUCGAGCGACACGAUCUGUAG